UUAUAGGAUCCUGCAAUGGAAACUUGGUCAGUUGAUCAGGUCUGCCUUUGGCUGGUGGAGAAAAACUUAGGAGAGCUAGUGCCUAGGUUUCAAGAGGAAGAAGUAAGUGGRGCUGCUCUUCUAGCACUUAACGAUCGGAUGGUUCAGCAACUGGUCAAGAAAAUUGGGCAUCAGGCUGUUCUGAUGGACUUAAUUAAAAGAUACAAGCAGAACAAUCAAGGACCAAGGUUUCCUGGAAGCCCCAGGGAGAUAAGCCUGAUCACACAAACAGAAGCAACCCCAGCGUACAGGGAUAUACAGUCCUCCAGUCCAGCCAGUCAUGGGGAGCAGAUGCCAUCUUUCCAUCCAGCUGAAAACCUUGAUAAUGGACUAAUUGACCAAAGAGUAUUGAAACAGAGAAGAAAUAUGAAACAUGUUCUAGCAAGGAAUAAAGCAUUACAGUGGACCAAAUCCUACAUUUUGCCAGAGUUUCCCUAUGAUGUCAAAUGCAUGUUAGCAGAGCAGAAAUGUCCAGAUCACAGCAUGAGGAUAAGGAUCAUUGAGUUUCUCCAGGCCGACAUGACUAAGUAUCUGGAAGGCUCACUGUAUCCCACCACACAGCAAUACAAUGAUGUGGUCAACGCCCUGCUGCAGGCCCACCCCUUCCUGGACGAGGAUGGCUGUGGCUUUUUUUUAUGGAAACGAGCCCUCAAAGAUCGUUUUAAAUAUGUCCGAAGACCCAUAGAAGAUGAUGAACAAGUAAUAAAAAAUAAGUGCAAAUUUGGACACCGAAGAGGCCAGACAAGGAAAUCUCUUGCUGAUAUAAGAUUUAAUGAAAUUAAAAUUGUCCAGAUAAAAGAAGAAUCUGCGUGUUUAGAUUCUGAGGUAGAUGAACAUAUUAACUGGUUUCAGCAAGAAUAUAUGAAAACAGAAAAGGAUUGGACAGAAAUUGACAAGAGGAUGAACCAGACCUUGGAAGUAAGAAGAAAGAUGAUUGGCAGCAGAACACCUCUGAAGGACAUUCUUAAAAUGUUUCCUUUCUUGAAGUGCCCUUAUCAGAUAUUCAGAGAAUUCCAACUUCUUACAAGAACAGAUAUUUAUAAGAAAACAAGGCACAUUUUGGAAUCCUAUUCAGAAAAAAUACUGACUGCUUUUUCAGUUGUGGACAAUCCAAUCAAUAUUGCAUUGCAAGAAAAAAUGAAAGAGUACACAGAUGAAGAUAUGUUGAAGUAUAUGAAGAUGACAGCCACAUGUUUACUCCUCCCAGAUGUUUUUGGGGAUGAUCCCAGCCUCUUUGCAGUUGUGAAUGAGAAGGUUCAAGUGUCCACGCCUGUGUUAGAAGUUAAAAACCCUUUCAACAUCGAUGUCUGUGAGUUUUCUUUAUAUUUAGACAAAGAGAAGCUCACAAAGGUGGAUGACUGUGUGACAGCCGUGGCGGCUCUAGUAGCUACCUUUCAUGUAUUUGGGAUUGAGUGUCCAAGAAGACUGUCCCAAACCCUCAACUUCCUAGAGACACUGAUCUUUGAUACGCAUAAUUCCUGUUUCCCUUCUUUGAAAAAAAAGGAAAGGGAAGUAGGAUUUCAGCCCCCAGUUACUUAA